AUCUGGAGGAUCCGAGGCUUGUGAUGUCACUUAUGAUAUGAAAUAUCUUUAAGUGGCUCAGUAAUUUACAAGAAUAUACCGAUUACUUGAGCGGAGAUUUUGUUAAAUUUGUUGUAUUACAGAGAUGAUUAUAAAUCUACUCGUAGCUUUGCAGCGUCGCUCUGAGUAAAACGUUUGAAUUAUAAACAAGUGCUUAGUUUUGUAUAGUUGUCCUACAGGUGGUGGGUUUCUCUUUCUAUUUUUUAUUUUUAUUGCUUAUAGCUUUUUAUGCAAUCACCUGUCCCAUGUAUAGUCCUAUAUCUAUUUGUGCCGGAAAUAAAUAUUAAAUCUGUCAAACGUAGGUCUCAAAAAAAGAGUCAAAAGUAGUUACUGAGCUCCAGCACCUGCUCUGUGGUUAGUGCACGUGGUGUAAUGCGGCGUUUGGCCACCAGGUGGCAGCAGAACUGAGACAGAAAAGAUAUAAAAUACGUUCAUUUAUUAUUCCAGCGCCUCUAUUUACGUACUUAUUUAUUUCUUUGCACCACAAGAGGGCGCCACUAGAUGCUUCCAGAAAGCAGGCCAUUGAAAUUCAGGAUAAAUGACAUUGCACUGACUCCUGCUAAAUGCUGUCCACGUGAAGCCACGCCCACGUCCCGUUAACGUCAUCACUGAGUCUAAUUAAUAACCAGCGCUAAAUAACUAACACUAAUUAACAUACUUCUAUAGAUAUAUUAUUUAUAUAAAGGGUUAAAUCAGGGUCUGUGAGCCACGCUGAGUGUGUAGCCUGUAGCAUGAGGAGGCAUUUGGCAGGUUGAAGCUCCUGCGUGUGCUGUAGAGGAGGAAGGAAGCGCUGUGAGGGAGGUGUUCCUAAUAAAGUGGCCGGGGAGUGUAUUAUUCUUACGCGAAUAUCAUGAACCAGUUUUUACUCUCUGCUUGUUUAUUUCCUUUUCUUAGGCACGCAUUAAUGUCAUGCAUAUAUUAUAUAUACAUGUGUGUGUGUGUGUGUGUGUGUGCGCGCGCACUUUAAGGUUAAUUAGGCUCUCAUAUUAAUUAAUAUUAUAUUUCAAUAAUAGCACGCGCACGUUGUGUGUGUGUGUUUGGGUUUUUUUGCCCUCCUCUCUUGCGUCACACCCACACACACCCACUUCUUUAAGAGCGUAACACUUAGCACAGAGAGUGACGUGAUUUCACGCCCGGCCGUAGCACGUGUACGGGGCGCGUUCACGUGGCGGGGACGCGCGGACGCGCGGACACGAGGGCGAGCGCAGGUGGAGAAUGUGAGCGUGUUUCUGCGGCUCUGCACAGCCAUGGAGCUGGAGGUGGAAUCCGCCGAUGUGAUCCGGCUGAUCAUGCAGUACCUGAAGGAGAACAAUCUGCCGCGCACUCUGGCCACGCUGCAGGAGGAGAGCACGGUGGCUCUGCACACAGUCGACAGCAUCGAGAGCUUCAUGGAGGACGUGAACGGCGGCCGGUGGGACGCGGUGCUGCGAGCCAUCCAACACCUCAAACUACCUGACCAGCUGCUCAUCGACCUGUACGAACAGGUGGUACUGGAGCUGAUCGAGUUGAAAGAACUUGGAGCCGCUGGUUGUUUAUUGACUCAGACGGACCCCAUGAUCAUGCUGAAACACACUCAGCCUGAACGAUACGCCAAGCUGGAAGCUCUGCUCACAAACAAGCACUUUGACCCGAAUGAGAUUUACCCAGAAGGCAGCAGCAAGGAGAAGCGCAGGUUGGCUAUAGCUCAGGCGCUGGUUACAGAGGUCAGCGUGGUUCCUCCCUCUCGCCUCAUGGCCCUCCUCGGACAGGGUCGUUUAUGCGAGAGCGCUCUGUACAGGUUACAGGAGACCAAAGCGCUGAGGCAGUUCGGAUCAUUAGCCAUGUUGUCUCUGAAGUGGCAGCAGCACCAGGGUCUCCUGCCCCCCGGGAUGUCCAUAGACCUGUUCCGGGGCAAAACCAUGAUGAAGGACCUGGAGGAAGAGCGCUUUCCCACCCAGCUCAGCCACCUUCUAAAGUUUGGGCCGAAGUCGCAUGUAGAAUGUGCUCGGUUCAGUCCGGAUGGUCAGUAUCUGAUUACAGGAUCAGUGGAUGGAUUUAUCGAGGUUUGGGAUUUCACCACGGGGAAAAUCUGCAAGGAUUUAAAGUACCAGGCUCAGGAUAACUUCAUGAUGAUGAAUGAGGCGGUGCUCUGCCUGGCGGUGAGUCACGACAGUGAGAUGGUGGUGUCCGGAGCUCAGGACGGAAAAAUACAGCUGUGGAGGAUUCGUAACGGUCAGUGUCUGCGUAAAUUCGAGCGCCCCCACAGCAAGGCCGUCACCUGCCUCUGCUUCAGCAGGGACAACGGGCAGCUCCUCAGCGGCUCCUUCGACCACAUCAUCAGACUUCAUGGACUGAAAUCAGGAAAGAUGCUGAAGGAGUUCCAAGGUCAUACUUCCUGCAUAAAUGAUGUCAUCUUCUCACACAACGGCCAGUUUGCCAUUAGUGCCUCAGCAGAUGGCACAGUGAAGAUCUGGAACGUGAACACGGCAGAAUGCACCAUCACCAUCAAAACUCCUGAUGUUCCAGAAGGUUCUGACAUCACGGUUAACAAUGUUGUUCUGGUCCCCAAGAACCCGGAGCACUUUGUGGUGUGUAACAGAACCAGCACAGUGGUCGUCAUGAACGUCCAGGGCCAGGUACUGAGGAGUUUUAGCUCAGGAGUGAGAGAGGGAGGAGACUUCGUGUGUUGCACGUUGUCUCCUCGCGGAGAGUGGAUCUACUGCGUGGGAGAGGACUACGUGCUUUACUCGUUCAGCACCAUCACUGGAAAGCUGGAGAGAACUCUGACGGUGCACGAGAAAGACGUGAUUGGCAUAACCCACCACCCUCAUCAGAACCUGAUCGCCACCUACAGCGAGGACGGGCUGCUGAAGCUCUGGAAACCGUGAACGUUACGCCAACGUGCAUCGAUUGAACUCUACAGUCGUCAUUCUUACUGAUACUGUGGUCCGUCUGUACAUCGAGAUGUCUGGAGUCAUGCGUCAGUUUUCAGGUUUGAAAGUCUUCCAUUCCAGAGACGAUGAAGAUCACUACACGCUUAAUCUUCACUUGUAACAUGUCUGAGUAACACUGAUCUAAUCGUGUCUCUGUAACAUAAAAAAAAAAUAUUGGGAGAUUUCUUUAAAUGUCGAAAGAAAACAUGGAAACGCGAUCAGUGGUUCAUAAUGUUUCUGAAUUGCAUGAAACUGAACUAAUUACAAUAAUUUUCCUGUGAUAUUCAGGUACGACUUCUUCUCAAUCGAUUUCUUCCCCCAAAACAAAGACUGGUUAGAAGCCAAAAAUUAUAUUUAUCCUUUCUGUAAAUUUUUUUUUUAAAACCGUCCCUCUGCUGUAUAAACACCGCAUGAUCGUAUCGACAUGCUGUUCGUGAGAAGUUCUGUAGUGUUUACUCUGUCGGUAUCUGCAUGCCAGCAGCAUCUCUAUCUGUAUGAAACCUUGAAUUAACAAAGCCUUUGUGCUCCUACGUUGACAUCACUGACACUUUUUUCUUUUAGAAAAGCAGUGUAUAUUUCUGGAAUAUUAAAGAACUGAGGUGGUUUCCACCAGCGACAAUAAUGUAGCUAAUGAAAGGGAUUAAGCUGCUUCCACACUCUGCGUUUUUUUUGGUUGAAUUUGAAAAGUACAGAAAAGCACGGAGUGGCUUCAAGUGCUUUUUUUUUUUUUUUAACCUCCUGACCAAUCAGAUUGCAAGUUGGGGGCAAGCAAAAAUAAACACAGAGGAGAGAGUACCAGUGAACAUUAGUCUUGUUUAAUCGCCAAUAUUCCAGCGUUAUACUGUAACCGCGUGUAUCGUGUGCAGUAAACAGUUAAAAAAAAAAUAAAUAAAUAACUCAGAACAUUUUCGAUAUAGUCCUUUAACAAAUCUCGCCCUCAUAUAAACCAUGAAGUGUUAUGUUCAGCACUUUGUUGUAGGAUAAUUUAUUGAUUAUUUCGUUCAAAUUGUUCUGACGUUUUCUUUAAAAGCUCCGUUUUUUGACUGACAAUUUUCGGUGCGUUCCUAAAAAAUAUAUUAAACUGAUUACAUAGCAUAGUGGAACGCACACUAAUGGAUUUUUUCCACUUACGAGAACUCAAAAUAUUCUCCAAAAUAUUCUCAUUACAGUGACGGAAAGUGAGGAAAAUCACGUCGAGACGAGAGCACUUGGUAAAAUAUUACUAAUGUGAGAUGGAAGGGGGCGGGGCUUCCAGAGGGGUUAGUUAAUAUCAGAGAGUUCUAAACACCUCCGCAGCUGUCAAUCAUUCCAGAUUCACAUGCUGAUUGGCUGUUCUGCUGUUUUUUUUUUUCUGGAAGAAAACUCUUACUGUUUCUGAGUGGAAACUGGUAGCAGCUCCUGCGCAAAACGCGACGAAGUUGCAGGUCUGCGUUUGUAUUUUUGGGAAAUUCACUGGUACUUGAUGUGACGUCCCACAUUAACAUUCAGUUCAGUCAGGUUUCUCUAGAUUUUCUACAGAGAAGACCAACAACCUCCUCAUCAGCAGAGUUACACCAACCUGCAGUCCUGAGAAUAAUAAAUCUCAUCUAUAGGACGAGCGAGGCUAGUUAGUUAGCCGAUACUAGCUUGGACUGCUAAGAGCGUUGCUAUGGUUACAGUGUGAUCGUCACGUUUUUCCUCCUUUCUCUUUUUCCUUGUAAAAAAAAAAUGCCAAGUGUGAAAGCACUGAUGGAGAGAGCAGGAGUGUAACGCGAGCGCUGAUCUGGUUAAAUGUUUUCAGGUGUGAAGGAUUGGUGUGUUUUAACACUUGACCCACACUUGCAUGAAAAAUAACACUGGUUCUGUAACAAUGGAACUAUGACGUGUGUGUGUGUGUGUGUGUGUGUGUGUGUGAGACGUGUAUCAGGUUUAUAUUUUGCGAUUUAUUUAUUUAUCUCAAACACUGUCAGGAAUGUUCUGGUGUUUGUUCGUGGACAGUGGGUUCAGGUGAUUUUACUAUGUAAAUGCAUCGUGUUGGUAAAUGCAGCAAUUUUAUUCCUGCUCUCGACGUGAACGACACGUUUUUAACCUGUUCUUCAUCUGUGCAUCGUCACGCUUCUUAACAUUCAGUGUUCCUUUUUUCCUGAUUAUUUUUAUGGCCUAAACGGGCGUCUGCAUACUUUUGAUGUAUGAAAUAAAACUCACUGCAUGUUAUGCAAAACUUAAA